GGGAGCAUUAUGGGGAAGCCUUUGCUGAAAGGUUUGUAUCAGGAGAAGCUGAUAUAAGACCCGGUCUUGUCCUUACUCCGGUUUUGAGUCUAUCCCCAGAUUUCCCCAACUUCUAUCUCAUUUGCCACAUAGCUUAACAUCCAGAUUGACUGUCAGGCACAAUGGACACUGAGACGGGGCUCAAGGAUCAUCAGGCAAAGCCCUCGCCUCAGGACGACACAGCCAUGCCGUCUCUAACGACAAUUCCUACAUCUGUCACCCUAUCCGCCGAGCAGUUCGAAAAGCUGUACCUGAGCCCCCUGACCCAGCGCCAGGGCAUGCUCUCGAAGCAGAUGGGCAAUCCUACUCCUUUGGCCCUUGGCGGAUUUGUCAUUACCACCACGCCUCUGUCUUGCUGCCUUAUGGGAUGGAGAGGUGCUACCGGAGCGGGAAUUGCGUUCACUGGUCCGACCAUCUUCCUCGGAGGCGGACUGCUUGUCUUGACUAGUAUUCUCGAGUUUACCCUCGGCAACACCUUUCCCUGCGUUGUCUUUGGCACAAUUGGAGCGUUCUGGUUCGCAUUCGGCUGCACCAUGACUCCCGCCUUCAACGCCGCAGGCCCCUACUCAACCUCUGCCACCGACACAGUAGCCGGCCUCAGCAGUCCAGACUUUCUGAAUACAUACGCCUUUCUAUUCAUCUGGAUGGGUGUCCUAAUGCUCAUCUUCCUCAUCUGCGCGACCCGUACCAAUGCAGUCUACGUCGCAAUCUUCAUGACGCUUACUCUCGUUUUCGCUUUCUUGUCUGGGGCAUAUUGGCGUCUGGCGGUUGCGGAUGCUUUCGUGGGUAAUCGGUUGAUUGUGGCAGCCGGUGCGUCGCUGUUCGUGGCGAGCAUGCUGGGUUUCUAUCUCCUCGUGGCACAGCUGUUUGAUUCGGUGGGGUUCCCUGUUAGGCUGCCCGUUGGGGACUUGAGUAGACUUUGGGAUCGUCGUGUGAGUGGUGAGCAGGAUCCGGAGUAUGAGGCUGGGGCGGGAGAGAAGUAGUAUCUCCUUCUCUCGGCAAUCGCACAGUUUGGUAUGGUGUAUGGAUUGGGAUGGUCAAUGUGAUGUGAACUGUGAGAUGGGCAUCGUUGUCA